GUGAGAACUCGCACCUAAGAUCAAGCAGCUCAUCAUCUUCAGUUCUUUCACCUUCAACACUCAUUAUCCAUCAUCCGUUUUCCAUUUUCAACCAUCAACAUUCAUCAUGGCUGUUACAUCGCUUGCUGUCUGGCUUACUCUGGCCUUAUCCGCUUCUUCACUCUCAAUUGAGAAGCGUGCUGCGUGCACUAGCUACACUAUCAUCAACACCCGUGGCACUGGUGAGGCCCAAGGCCCGUCCAGUGCUUUUCGUACCAUGAACUCGAACAUUCAGAGCCAAGUCUCGGGCGGAAAGAUUUACAACACAGUGUAUGCUGCAGGAUUUGAUCAGAACUCCGCAGCCGCCACUACGGAUAUCGUCAACAAGAUCACGUCUACGCUCCGUACGAGCCCCAGUGAAUGCUUCCUCCUGGAGGGAUACUCUCAGGGUGCCGCUGCUACCGUGAAUGCUAUGUCAAAGAUCACUGGCGCCAACUUCGACGCCGUCAAGGGUGUGUACUUAGUCGGUGACCCGAACCACAAGUCCGGACUCUCGUGCAACGUCGACAACAACGGAGGGACCACCACUCGCAAUGUCAAUGGUCUCUCAGCAGCUGCCUCCGCUGGAAUCCCCAGCACUUGGCAGGCGAAGACGCUUGAUGUCUGCAUCUACGGUGAUGGUGUCUGCGACACUACCCAUGGUCAGGGAAUCAACGCCCAGCACCUUCAAUACCCCAACGACACACCCACUCAAAACAUGGGUACCACAUUCGGUGUUGGAAAGCUCCGUGGAACUGCUUAGAGCGGCAGCGCUGGACGACGGUAGAUGUUACAGCAAAUGUGGCCACCUUCAUUAGUCGAAUGUUAUCAAUGUCAACAGUUUCUUAGUUUCAUAUCGAGG